GCAUCACAUGUGCCCUAUUUAUACAGCUCCUUCACAUUACCACAGGUGGUUCUUAAUACAACGACAACGGUCUCCAAUCUCUUCUAGUCAACAUUGUGUAUGGAGUAGGGUGUAAACUAACUAUUCAGUAUUCCCUAACAUAUAUCUUCAUUUAGUAUCUCGGAUGUCACAUAAAAGAAGAAAAGGAAUCUAAUUAAGUUCAUUUAAUUAAGGGCAGCCAAUCAUGUGGAUUUAACAGUUUCAAGUUGAAAGGUUAAAGGUCGACUACUUUGAAGCCUUUAGUGCCAAUACAACAUGGCUUCUAAAAUAAGAGGUCUGCAACAGUGGUGCGCCCGUAGGACAGAGGGAUACAGAGAUGUAAAUGUCACUGACAUGUCAACUUCAUGGCGUGACGGCUUGGCAUUUUGUGCCCUCAUCCAUCGGUUUAGACCCGAUUUGAUUGACUUUGAUUCCCUAUCUAAAGAAAAUAUAUUAGAAAAUAAUCAGUUGGCAUUUGAAGUUGCAGAAAAGGACUUAGAUAUUCCAGCAUUUCUAGAUGCACCUGAUAUGGUUAGAAUGAAGAAACCAGAUAAAUUAAGCAUAAUAACCUACGUAUCUCAAUAUUAUAAUUAUUUCUGUAAUAAACCAGAGUUGGGUGGUCCUGGUGUUAAUAAAGCUGGUGCAAAGGGCAGUAACUCUUUGAAACGAUUGACGUCAGAUGAUGCAUCAGCUCCUAAUAAAAGAAUGACAACUUCUAAGGAACAAAAUGGUAUCGGGUCCAAUAAAUCCAAGACAGGAACUUUAGGAGAUAAGUGUACAAUUUGUGAUGGUAAAGUGUAUUUAUUAGAGAGACACGUGGACAAUAACAAACUCUACCACAGAUUGUGUUUUAGACAUAGUGUUAUGUCACCUACUAAUAAAGUCUACAAUUCAGCUAACAAGGAUGACCCUUCUUCAAAAGUCAGAAAAUUGGAUCAUGUGACAAAUGGUGAUUCCAAAUUGGGAGGAAAGAAGUCACUUUUUCCUGAAACUAAUGGUGUGUCAGCUGUUGGCAACAAUACUUCUGUUUCAAAAACACCAAAUAAAUAUCAUAAUCUAGCUAUGGAUUUCUUAGCUCGAGAAGCUGGUCUGGAUAACUCCUUGUCAGGCGAUAAGCCAAAGCCUAUCCUAACCUCUACUCCUAAAUCGAAAUACGAAGAUAAAACUUCAUUAAAAGUUGUUUCCAAUUCUAGUCAGGACAUUAAUAAAAGUACAAACUCUAAUAUAUUAGACAAUAAAUCGAAAUGGUCAUCUGGUGGUAGUGUGCAAUUAACAAAAUCAAAAAAUGAACCCGAAAAGAAAUCCUCGCAGGUGGUGGAAUCAAAAGCACGAGAAAUGACGAGGUUACUGGAAGAGAGAUCUCGAGAACCCAAAAUAGAAACACCUAAUAGUGGUCUCCGAGAUUUCCUGAAAAAAUAUCACGAAUCAGGUGAUAAAGAGAAAGAGAAUAAGUCAGUUUCAAAUUCGUCAAAGAAUUUCGAAAAGAUGGAAGUGGAUCCAUCGUCUCCUGUAAUUACCAAAAAACAAAUGCAUAAUUCAUACAUAACAGAAAAGACUGAAAAAUCAGUGACACAAAAACCAUGGGAAGUUGAUAGACGAGAAGCAAAUGGUGCAAAAUCUCCAUUCUCACAACGUAAAUAUUUGGACGCCAGUAAAGAUAUUGGUACUAAGUCAGUGUUAAAUAAAUCGACUCAAGACACUAGUGUGUCUUCAAAUAGUGCUUCCAAUAAACUAUCUGAUCAGCGCAAAUAUUUGGACAAUAGUAAAGAUAUCGGUACUAAAUCUGUGUUAAGUAAAUCGACCCAGGAUACUAGCGUGUCUUCAAAUAGUGCUUCAAAUAAACUAUCUGAUCAGCGCAAAUAUUUGGACAUUAGUAAAGAUAUUGGUAGUAAAUCAGUUUUAAGUAAAUCAACUCAAGACACUAGUGUGUCUACAAGUAAAGCUUCCAAUAAGCCGUCCGAUCAACGCAAAUAUUUGGACAUUAGUAGAGAUAUUGGUACUAAGUCAGUGUUAAGUAAAUCGACUCAAGACACUAGUUUGUCAACAAGUAGCACUUCAAAUAUACUGUCUGAUCAGAAUUUCUCUAGCAGCGUGCUAAAUUCGUACAAAAAGAAUUUAGAAAAACAUGAAAAAGACAUGGGUGUGAGUAGAUUAAAAAAAGACAAUGACAUUACAAUUAAUAAACCAUAUGAAUUCAAAAGUAAAGACAAAUAUCAGUCUGGUACUGGAAUUAACACAGAACUUUCGAAAAUUAGUGCUAAAAGUGAAAUGGACAGUGAAAAGAGUUCAAUUUAUCCUAAAAAAUAUGAAACUAAACCUGAUGUUACUAAACCUAAAGACAAUGAUACAAGUAAUAGAUAUAAUAAAGACUCUUCCUAUAUCAGUUCUAAACAAAAAACUGAACCAGCAAAAACUGCUCUGUCACCUGUACCAAAACCCAGGGGUAUAUUAAAAACUAAUCGUCAUGAAGAAGACAUGGAUACUUCUGAAACAAGUAAUGUGAAAACUUCAGUUAAUUUGAGACCAUCUGCAGCACCAAGGUCUGUUCAUAAUAUUACAAAAAUAGAAGAAAAGGUUAAAGACGAAAGGUCUAAAACUCCAACAAGACCCAAAUCUCCAGUUCGAGCUAAAUCUCCAGUUCGAUCUAAAUCUCCAGGUCGAUCUAAAUCUCCUACUAGAUCCAAGUCUCCUGGCAGGCCUUUGUCUCCAGUGGUGACCAAGAGACAACCAAUCAAUGGAACAAAUACUAAUAAAACCGCAAGACCACAAGAAGCCCCUCCCCCAUUACCUGUAUCCCCACCACCAUCAACUACAACCACUUCUUCUGCUGUCACAUCUAAAUCAAAGUUUACACAACCACAGAGUAAAGUCACAACAUCAAAAGCUAAAGUAUCAGAAGAUGUCCCUCCAUUGCCUAGAAAAUCUUACCUUGAGAAAAGGAAGGAAGAAACAGUUCCACCUUUACCCCCUAGAAGCACGUUAAAUAUUGUGUCACAGGACACUCAUGUUUUAGGACGAUCAGAGGGGCCACCAAAACCUCCAAGACUAACUAUCAAGGAAAAAAAGGAAGAUGCAAUGGGUAUUGAUGAAGCUGUCCAUAAAGCCAUGAAUCCUCAGACAUCUCCUGAAGCUGUGGCAGUUCUAGUCAGUCCGUCCCCAACUUCUAAUGGUUCAAAUGUGCUUGGUGGUUUAUUGAAAAGUUUAGCAGGUGUCCGCCAGAAGAGUCCAACCGAAAACAGCCCCAGAGAUAAUAGACUAGCAAAAUCUCCUGAAAACGAACCUGAAGUAGUUUUGCGCCGGGGAGGUAAAGACAGAACCAACCCAUCAGCUCCUGUCCUAAACUUACUGAACAAAUCAAAUCAAGAAAGACCAAAGUCUGUAUCCGGCAUAUUAGAUACGUCCAAUAAUAAUAGUAAAUACAAACCAGAAACUCCAUCUUGGAAAACUCAGUUGGACAAAAACAAAACUGACAGACCCAAGUCUGUUUCUAUACUGGAUCAACUUGAUGAUGAAGUGCCAUCUUGGAAACGAAAUUUGGAGGCCUUGAGAACUGAUAAAGCAAGACCAAAGUCAGUACUGGAUAAUUCUAGUAAUGAUGAUGGAAAAUUAACAUGGCAACGGGAAGCAGCUAAAAGAAUGGCGAAAAAUAAAGAUUUUGUGGACCCUGAAUUUGAAAAAACUAGGCACGUAAAAUCCUCAGAUGACAGUAAGGCAAAUAUAAAUGAUGUCAGCAAAAGAGAUAAAGUUACAACGAAUGUCACAGAAAGCAGACGCCUUCCAGAAACACCCAGAUCUCCUUAUAUGGGUAGCAAAUUACCUGAUAAGCCAGUUUCUCCAGUUGAUAACAGAGAGGUGCCAGAAAGACCAAAAACCAAAAGUCCCGAAACAUUUAUCAAUAAUGGAUUCCGAUCUGUGAAUCAAAUGGAGGUUGACAAGAAGAACCAUGACAACAAAUAUAAAGUUUAUCCAGAUAUCUCACAACCAGUUAAUCCAUCAGCACCUCCAUUACGUAAAAUCACUCCUGUUGUUAAAUUUAAUUUUGAUAAUAGCUUUGACUCCAAUAACAGUACCGAAUUGAACAACAGGAAUAAAAAUAACCACACAGAUAAGAAACUAACUCCACCAAGACCACCACCUCUUAAAGUAGAUAUAUCACCAAGACGUUAUAGUCAUAAUGAGAUACGAGAUAAUUUAAUCAACAUUGACAAUAAAUUGACAGAACUGGAACUCAGGGGAAGGCAACUGGAGGAUACGAUAAGAAGUGCCACUACUUCCGAGGGGGAAGAUGAUCUAAUGAACGAAUGGUUUAAACUUAUAAAUGAAAAGAAUGAAUUAGUCAGAAAGGAAGCAGACUUUAUUUAUAUAAAUAAAGAACAGGAACUUGAAGAUGAACAAGACAGUAUUGACAGUCGUUUACGUUUUUUGAUAUCUAUUCCAGAUUGCGAUAAAACACAAGAUGAACGUGAUGAAGAAGAUGAAUUAAUCAAUAAAAAGAUAGAUGUUAUUAAUCAAAGAAGUGGUAUAAUUGACAGUAUGGAUGAAGAUAGAAUAAGAUAUGAAGAAGAAGAUCGAGAUAUUGCCAAAGUUUUACAAGCAAAAGUGCUGGCAUUAAGGAGACAAAGAAAGAUCACCGCAAAUGAUCCAGGGUUAGGGUGUUUAAAAUGUUUUAAGGCUUUAAUUGGUCCUACCCUGUUCUAGAGGGUAUGCAAAAGGUGAUGGUAGAGAAGAACCCGUUGAAACAAAGAUUAACAAGAAGAAAAAGAAAAAUAAGAAAUAAAACACCUAUAACUUCUGUCAAGAUGUUCCUGUAAAUCUGAUAGCCUGAAGACUAUUAAUAAUCUAUAACAUUUGUCUCAUUAACUUAUUACAUGUGAUUUUAUAUUACCUUGUUUAUUAUCUAGUGUAAAAUGCCCUAUAGAGCUAAACGUGUCAUGAUUAAAAGAGACUAAAUCUGGAUUAAUCAGCCACAACUUUUGAGUUUGACAGUGAUGCUAUCAGUAGUCUAUACAAGGGCUUUUGUUUCAGAAGUCCUGACUGACUGACAGUGAAACUGACUAGCUGGAGAACCUACCUGUCCGUCAAUUUCUUGCCAUGGAAUUAUAUCUUCAAAGAAUUUCACAUUAAAACACAAUAAAUAGUUUCAAAUUUAUAGUUUUUAUGUGUAAAACAAAUCAAUAUAUCUAAAAUAGGAUAAUGCUAAAAAAAAUAAUGUGUAUUUUUCUAAACUGAAAUAAACAAAAUACAUCAAAUGACCGGCUGGCCGGCCAAGUAAAAAGUCUGAUCUUUACUAUCUUUCAAUAAACCAGAUUUCCUGUAACAUGUGUUCGGUUAAACUAUGCUAGAUUAAAUUUUCACUGUUUGGUUGAUGUUUGAAUACUUGUGAUACCCUUUUAAACAGUCUAUGGGAAGUAUGAUAGUCAAAUAGUCAAGCAGAGAUUGUGCUCAGUGAAUUUUUAGCUUCUGCUGUCCACAACAUUUGUUCAUGAUUAUCAAGUUUUUUUCUGGUAGAUCGUUAGCUUUAGAGGGCAAUUUACCACAAACAUAUUGUCUAUAAUGCAUGCCAUAUAAAUAUAAAUAUAUAUAUAUAGUGCAAUAAAAUGUAAGAGAAAGAAAGCAUUGUUACUUUAUGUAAAACUGUAACAGUGCUUGAUAUUGUAAUUUUGUACAUUGAUCAAUAUUAAAUUAUGUAUAUUUACUUUGUAAGGAAAGAAAUUCUUGUUAAGGGUGUGUUCAUAUACAUUUAACCCAAAGUAGGCCUUCAUAAAUUUGGGUUUACAAUGCUAACUUAAGGUUUAAAGGUUCAAUCCCAGAUUCUUAAUCUUUACCCAAAGAUGUUGGUAUUCAGAUAUAAAUUUGGGUUGGUUAAUCCUUUAAAAAGGCAAUUCCAUAUUGAGAGGACAGUGUAAAUAAAAAUCAAUUUAAUUAUGUUAAGAUAUAUCCUAUUCAGAUAUUGUCAGUUUCAAAUCUAAAUAUUGAGUCAUUUGGAGAUGGUCGAUAACCCCACAAGGAAAUUGAUAGACCAGAUACCUACACUGAAUGGAAUUUGGAAACUUUUGGCCUUCAUCAGUUUGAAACAGAAGAUUUGUAUUUCUUCAAAUAGGUCUUGCAGAGCUUCCGAUAAAUGCACAGGACUAUAAUUAAUUAUUCACUGAAAUAUAUCUGGGUCUGCUCCUUUAAUAUACGUUACGGAAAAAAUGGAAGGAGAUUAGGAGAAAGUUUGUAAAUCUUCAAAAAAAAAGUGUCCCACAGAGCUUAAGAUUAAUGCACCAGACUAUAAUGAAUUAUCUAGUUUUAUUCACUGAAAUAAAUCUCUGUCUGCUCAUUUAAUAGACUUUACAGUACUAGGAUUGUCACCUGUCAUUCCCUAAGUAUUGUUUUACAUGGUACAGCUUGUAUUCACUAUAUGCUAUUUACUGAAUAUUCACACGGUUGACAUUGAACAAAUACAGGUUGGUUAUUUUCUUACUACAUUGAUUUGCUGAACUCAGUCUGCAUAAUAAUACACUAGGGCUUCAAUAUGAUGCUUAUGUUGACAUCCACUGACUACACUUGGCAUAUAGAGAGACCCUUAUAUUUGAUAUACAAGGACAUUAUAGAAAACUAUACUAUAGUAAUAAUAUUGAAUAAUAUUCAAAGGAGAUAAACCUAUUUUAUUCAGGUUAAAAUAAUGUAUUCAAUUGGGUUAACCUGAUGUGUUAUUUAGAUUAGUGUUAGAUUAAAUUUUUGCAGAAGUCCACUUGUUUCUUUGUCAUCCCUCAAAACAAGUCAAUGAUAAAGUUGACCAUUUUAUAUACCCAAAUCAAAGAGGUCUGAUUAUUUCAGAUGAUUUAGUUCAUUCCAGGGAUAUCAUUUGGCAUAAGGCAGAAUGAAUAUACAGGCAAUUGGACAAUGCCCUGUAGCCUCAAGAAACGUCUAAACCACAAUUAUAUACAUUCCUUUAUCAACUAUUACAUUAUUAGUUGUGUGAAUAUUUAAAUAUCUGCAGAAGCAUUCCCAGAAGAAGACUGAUAUUUUUUCCAAUAUUUUAAAUUUAUAUUUCUUAUUCAUAAUGUUAAAUAAUAUAUUUUUGUGAAGAAAUAGAUCAUCCCAUUGUUGAAUAAUAUCAAAUAGUAUUACAUCAAAUAAUGUUUGUUAAAUAUAAUAUAUGUCUAUAUUUAAUAAGUGGUAAGCAAAAUAAUUUUCCAGAGUGGUUAUAAUGCAUAUUAAAUAUAUCCUGCUUUAAGUCAUAUUGCAUAAUUUGUCUCUUAUAUUGUGCCAUUCUUAUUAAACAAUAUAUGUAUCAUAAUGUUAUAAAACUAUUCAUAUCUAUGUUCUAUUGUGAAAUUUUUAUAAAUAUUUAAACCAUUCUAAAUGUUUAGAAAAAUUGAUUGGUAUUGUUUUAGAACCACAGAUUUCCAAUUGGUAAUUGUUCCCUGAAAUCUUUUUAAUACUAUUUAUUCUCCAUAGUGGUAAUAGUCUCUUCACUACACCCAAAUCUUUUCUAGUUUUAUGCAAUAUAGUAAGAAAAGCAAAGGGGUUCAGCUAAAACUUAUCAGAGAACAAUAUUUAUUUGACAUGCCAAAUUAAUCGCUCUAUUGAAGAAAAAUGAGUAUAGUGCUAGAGUAGAGAAAGGGAGAACAAAGUGAACAAUUCACUGGUUCAGUUGAUCUCCAUGUUCUAACUUGAUGUGUAAAAUCAUCAAUUGUUGUCUUGCCAGUUUUAUUAAUGUUUAGGUUUUUUUCUCCAUGCAUUUUUUCAUUAAGAUGCUUCCUGUACAUAAGUACAAUAUUUUAUAUUGUCACAUAUUUAUGUAAUCUGGAUCAAAUUAUUUAUAUAUUUGCUGGCAUUAUGUCAAUGUACUGUGAACAAAAUGAUAAAUCCAACAUUCUCUAAAUGGAGAAUAUCUCCCAAGAAUUUUGUGUUACUUUCAUGGUCUACCUAAAUUUUUCCAGAAAGGGAGACUAUUUCCUAAAUAAAAUAUAUGUCCUGGUGACAUUUCUAAUUAUUAAAAUUGAAUUAUUUUAAUUUUUAAAAAAUGUAUUGAAAAAAAAAAUAAAACUAUUUUUAUUAUUUA